ACUCCAGCCCCCUGGCUGGGAGGGCGGGCACCCGCUCUUGAUUGGCUCGGCGACCUGCCUUUCGCGGGAGCGGCUGGCCCUCCUACCCUCCCCUCUACUCCUCCCACGAGCCUAGGGGUUCCUCAGCUGGCCGAGGCCGGGUCAGUGUCAGUCAGGGAGGCGGACCGCUGAGCACUGGGCGCAGACGCUCUAUUGCAGUCUCUCCCAGGGCCGGGUGUCUGCGCUCGCGCCGCCGGGUGGGAAGCAUGAAGCAACAGCUGGAGCAGCUACCCCAUGAUUGGCUGUGGUGCUUGUGAACCCGAAGUAAACAUGGCGGGCGGGCAGGCAGCCGCCGCACUGCCCACUUGGAAGAUGGCGGCGCGCCGCAGCCUCAGCGCCCGCGGCCGGGGGGUCCUGCAGGCAGCGGCGGGGCGGCUGCUGCCGCUGCUGCUGCUGAGCUGCUGCUGCGGCGGGGGUGGCUGCGCCGCGGCGAGCGAGAACGAGGAGACAGUGAUCAUCGGGCUGAGGCUGGAGGACACGAACGACGUGUCGUUCAUGGAAGGGGGGGCGCUGCGGGUGAGCGAGCGGACCCGGGUCAAGCUGCGGGUGUACGGGCAGAACAUCAACAACGAGACGUGGUCCCGCAUCGCCUUCACCGAGCACGAGCGGCGGCGCCACAGCCCCGGCGAGCGCGGGCUGGGUGGCCCCGCGCCGCCAGAGCCGGACAGCGGCCCCCAGCGCUGCGGCAUCCGCACCUCAGACAUCAUCAUCUUGCCCCACAUCAUCCUCAACCGCCGCACCUCGGGCAUUAUCGAGAUCGAGAUCAAACCGCUGCGCAAAAUGGAGAAGAGCAAGUCCUAUUACCUGUGCACGUCGCUCUCCACGCCGGCCCUGGGCGCCGGCGGCCCGGGGUCAGCGGGGGGCACCGUCGGGGGCAAGGGCGGCUCCGGGGUGGCCGGGCUCCCACCACCCCCGUGGGCUGAGACCACGUGGAUUUACCACGACGGCGAGGACACGAAGAUGAUCGUGGGCGAGGAGAAGAAGUUUCUGCUGCCCUUCUGGCUGCAGGUGAUCUUCAUCUCGCUUUUGCUGUGCCUGUCUGGCAUGUUCAGCGGCCUCAACCUGGGGCUCAUGGCACUGGACCCGAUGGAGCUGCGCAUCGUGCAGAACUGCGGUACCGAGAAGGAGAAGAAUUACGCUAAGCGCAUCGAGCCCGUGCGCAGGCAGGGCAACUACCUGCUGUGCUCGCUGCUGCUGGGCAACGUGCUGGUCAACACCACGCUUACCAUCCUGCUCGACGACAUCGCGGGCUCCGGCCUCGUGGCGGUGGUGGUCUCCACCAUCGGCAUCGUCAUCUUCGGGGAGAUAGUGCCCCAGGCCAUCUGCUCCCGGCACGGCCUGGCCGUAGGUGCCAACACCAUCUUCCUCACCAAAUUUUUCAUGAUGAUGACCUUUCCUGCUUCUUACCCGGUCAGCAAGCUGCUGGACUGCGUCCUGGGUCAGGAGAUAGGCACUGUCUAUAACCGGGAAAAACUGCUGGAGAUGCUCCGGGUUACCGAUCCUUACAACGACCUCGUCAAAGAGGAGCUGAACAUCAUCCAAGGGGCGCUGGAGCUCCGCACCAAGACGGUGGAGGACGUGAUGACUCCGCUCCGGGACUGCUUCAUGAUCACGGGCGAGGCCAUCCUGGACUUCAACACGAUGUCGGAGAUCAUGGAGAGCGGCUACACUCGCAUUCCAGUAUUUGAGGGGGAGCGCUCCAACAUCGUGGACCUCCUCUUUGUCAAAGACUUGGCCUUUGUGGACCCAGAUGACUGUACUCCCCUGAAAACCAUCACCAAAUUUUAUAACCACCCCUUGCACUUCGUUUUCAACGACACCAAGUUGGACGCUAUGCUGGAAGAAUUUAAGAAAGGUAAAUCUCACCUGGCUAUUGUGCAGCGGGUAAACAAUGAGGGAGAAGGGGAUCCAUUUUAUGAAGUUCUGGGAAUUGUCACAUUGGAAGAUGUGAUUGAAGAAAUCAUCAAAUCUGAGAUCCUAGAUGAAACAGAUUUAUACACUGAUAACAGAACAAAAAAGAAAGUUGCCCAUCGUGAAAGAAAGCAAGAUUUUUCUGCCUUUAAACAGACAGACAGCGAGAUGAAGGUUAAAAUAUCACCACAGCUUCUCUUGGCAAUGCACCGUUUCCUAGCAACAGAAGUAGAAGCAUUUAGCCCAUCCCAGAUGUCAGAGAAGAUCCUUCUAAGGCUGCUAAAGCACCCCAAUGUCAUCCAGGAACUGAAGUAUGAUGAGAAGAACAAGAAAGCCCCAGAAUACUACCUCUACCAGCGAAACAAACCUGUAGACUACUUCGUUCUCAUUUUGCAGGGGAAAGUAGAAGUAGAAGCUGGGAAAGAAGGUAUGAAGUUUGAAGCGAGUGCUUUUUCAUACUAUGGUGUAAUGGCCCUCACAGCCUCUCCAGUUCCUUUGUCCCUGUCUCGUACCUUUGUUGUCAGCAGAACAGAAUUGUUAGCAGCAGGUUCUCCAGGUGAAAAUAAGUCACCUCCUCGCCCAUGUGGCUUGAAUCACUCAGACUCUCUCAGUCGAAGUGACCGGAUUGAUGCUAUAACACCAACGCUGGGGAGCAGCAACAACCAGCUCAAUUCUUCAUUCCUUCAAGUCUACAUCCCUGAUUACUCAGUGCGAGCCCUUUCUGACCUUCAGUUUGUUAAGAUCUCAAGACAGCAAUACCAAAAUGCCUUGAUGGCAUCUCGGAUGGACAAAACUCCUCAGUCUUCAGACAGUGAAAACACUAAAAUUGAAUUGACUCUUACGGAGCUGCACGACGGGUUGCCAGAUGAGACGGCCAACCUGCUCAACGAACAGAACUGCGUGACGCACAAUAAAGCCAAUCACAGCCUGCACAACGAGGGUGCCAUCUAGCGGCGCCUGCCCGCCUGCCCAGCCCUCUCAUCCCCAUCCCGAGGCCCUGGGCUCAGUGGGCUCAGCCUUCUGUCUGACCAUGACUACCAUUAGUGUGAGCUUGUAUGCCAUCCUGCCUCCUGCAACAUUCCAAGACCAAAGACUUUGUUCCCUUCCUGGAAGCAGCCGAGGAGGACAGUGAGGGGAAGAAUGGAAAACAGAGAUGUGAAACCAACGGCUAGGGCAUGGCAUUCAAGAUUUGGGAGAUGAACUUUCUCCACCAAAAUAGAAUCAUGUUUAUUUUUUCACCUGUACCUUCUAUCGUUAUUCACUCUCCUCCUUCCUUGAUUUGCAUGAAGUUCAAAAUUGUUGCGAUUUAUUUUUUCAAGAGAUCAUGUUUUCUAAAAGUGUCUUUUGCAGAGUUUUAAGUCGUUCUGUCUGAACUCUGCUGUGAUCCCAUGAUGUGACCCUAAUAGGAUGGACUUGCCCCUCAAGUGGCCUUCCUUGGCCCCCCUCCAGGGCGGGGUGCCCUUCCUCUGUGCCCCAGUGGGCAUGGCUGUCGAACCUGAAGGAGGAAUGAAGAAAACCUUGUGAACCUACCAAGCCUGUCAUUACUGGGGUGUCACCUGCAGAGGGACCUGCAGUCACCUCUCUGAGCUCAGUGUUUUCAGAAUCUAAUGUUAUCUAUGCCCCUUUCCCUCAGGAAGCCUUGACGUUUGCUUGGGAAUGUGGUGUUUGCUCCCAUUCUAAGGAAUUUUAUCACGAAAAUGAAUUUUAAUGAAUUUUAAACCCAGGGUUUAUCAUUGGCAAGAGUGGAGUUGACUCCAUCCUGACAUUCCUCCUGGGAUCUCCGACCCAGCCGCCCUCCUCCCCCAACCUGUGCCCAGGCUUACAGAGCAUCACCCAGCUCCCAGGGCCUUGCUCUUGUUACCCCAAAUGCCAAAUGGGAACUUUCCACAGGGCCUUUCAGUAAACGUGUGAUGUGGAGUCGAAGCUCCUCCCUCCCCACUGGGACAGACGUAAUUAUCAGAACAGGAGUCGGACUUUCCAGCUGUAUUCUUUACUCUGGGCUGACCAGGCAGUCCUAGACCCAUAUUUUUAAAGGAGGGAACUCUGGGGACACCAGCCCCUGCCCCUCCUUCCAGGGAGCCAACAGUCCUUCUUUCCCUUUCUCCCUUCCCAUGGGGCCCAGCGGUGGCUGUGUCCCCUGCCUGAGGGCCUCUGUGCCUCCUGCCUCAGAUGCGGCCUACACCAGAGAGGCUGCCUGUACAGCCAGGGCCAGUUUGGCCCCAAACAGGGAUUCAGAAACCAAAUGUGUGUUGUGGCCAUUUUAUGUUGUCUCCGUCUUAUUUUAAUACCAAAUUUAUCAUGUGUAGGGCGCUUAAUGUCAGGAGGUAUUCCUUCAGUGACCGAAUUCUUGUACUAACCUGUCUGUUUUUGUCAGCCCAAGGGAUGUGUACAUUUUGUUGGCACUUUUCAUACACUGAAAUGAAUCCAUACUGACCACAGUUUUCAUAUAGAGUAUCAGUACACACUGCGUCCAGUCACUGGCAACGAAGAUAGCGUUCUCUCCAUUUGUUCUUACUGAAUGAAGUGAAGCACUGGGGGUGAGCAGCAGUUCUCUUCUCCCCCUCCUCAGUGUAGGAUGUCUGUUCACCCAGGUUGGUGGAUUGAGCCUGGGCUUUGUGUGGGUAGGGAGCUGUGUUUGGAAAGAACAGAAGGCUGGACUGGCCUCCUGGUGAGCAUUUUGAUGGCUCCCGUGCCAUAAGCAUGCUUGGCUCAGUAUUUCCUCUGGGACGUCAGUCCUGGAGUGUCUUCCUCUGAAGGUGCCAUGUUCUUUAGUGAGGAAAGUAUUGUAUCACCUGAUAGUGGGGCAUGGGGAGUGCCUUCUGAGGGAGCUGAGUGGCCUGCUGCUGGCAUCCAACCUGCCACCAUGAGGUGGAGCCCCCUGCCUUGUAGUUUGACAUUAGUGGGACCCUGUGCCAUGAGUAUCCUCUUGUGAGCAGAUCCAUCCAAGUUAAAAGGUCUCGGUUUCUUAAGAUGCACCUGGUGGAGCAGAGCCCUGGUGAUGUAGGAACUGGAACUACCUGCAGGAGUGUGCAGAAGGGAGGUUUUCCUGUAACAGACGUGGGCCCUGACCGGGGCGGGGGCUUCUUCCCCAACAACAUGCCACCCUCUCGGCCCGGGCCAUGCCUGCCUUCCCUGUGACCUGGGUGAAACCAGGCAUGCCAAGGCGUGGCUCCUCUGAUGCCCGAGAGCUGAGCCACCAGCUUCUUGAGGCCUGAUUCUGCUCCUCCACACACAGCCCACCUCGGAGCUGCCUUCUGUGGUGGUGGCUCUGGAACCAAGUUAAUGUGUUUAUCUGUUUCAGAGCCCCACAUCUCUUUACGAUGCCUAAACAACUGGGAGUGGAGGGAGGAUGCCAGCUUCUGCCUCCUUAAUUUGGGAGAGAAAUUGGUAACUUCUUAAUACUGUCUUACCUGCUCAAUGUGGUGGCUACUUAGAAAGUACUCUUCUAUAAAGGAGUUGGUGGGAUGGCUCUGCCCAGGGGCUCCAGAGGAUGAAUUUUAUCGUUCUGAGUUUGUAUUCCCUUUCUGUAAACUACUCUUUACCUUUGAUUAUUCACGCUUUUCUAUCGCAACAAGAAAUCCAAAAUAAUUUGUUUGGUCUCUAAAGGAAUAAAGGCUUACAUUUGACUAUAGUUAUAUCUGAUUUGAGGAGAGCUCAAAGCCCUUCGGAAACCCUGGUGGUGCAGUGGUUAAGAGCCACAGUUGGUAACCAAAAGGUUGGUGGUUCAAAUCCACCAGGUGCUCCUUUGAAGCCCUAUGGGGCAGUUCUACUCUGUCCUAUAGGGUCGCUAUAGGUUGAAAUUGACUUGACGGUAAUGGGUUUGGUUUUUGCAAAGCCCUUCAGACAGCUGUGUCUGAGAGAACAGUUUCCUUUUCCCAGCCCUACUUCCCGCCUGGAAGCUGACCUCUCAGGCUGUUGAGGGAGAAGUGCUGGCUCAUGGCUUCUGUGGGGCAGUGGGGGAAUUACUCUGGCUUAGAAGGCCUAAUGCAGUUCACGUCUGUAAAGUAGGCGGGAGUCAGGCAGACAGAGAAUGUCGAGUGGUUGAAAUAUCGAUGUGUGAUGCUCCUCUCCUUGGGCUGCUGUCUUUUUAGGCAUGGAAGGGAGUAGGGGGCACCUGAAGCCCUGAACUCCUGAACCUGGGUGGAGCCCCCACUUUCCGACCUUUGGGCUCUGCCCUCCUCUACAGUGGCCUCUGUGGCCACUGUAGCCGUGGGCAGCUCUAAAGUUCCACCUGGAGCUGGUUCCUACUCUCCAAAGGUUCCCAGGACUCUGCCUCCUCAGUAAAUGAGGGGGGCUUUGUCCAUUUUCCCUCUGUUCCAGAUUCAUCAGGCAAGUCCAAAAUCAUAGAUUUCAGCUGUUGGGAAAACAGAACCUUAAGAUUUGUAUGUGGAUAUUGGGGUGCUAAUCAAGUAGUUUAAACCUUGGUUCUUCACUGGUUUGGGUUGGAAAGGACACCACAAUUAACCAUGUUAGUCCUGCCUCCUUGCCUCACUUCUGCAGAGCAUUCCCUGCUGGGCAGGCCUGCUUGGCCUCCCUAGUUGGGAGGCAGUAGGGCUUCUUGCCAUUUUCUAAUCUUAUUUCAAGGAACUUUUUGUGAAAACGUUGAAUGCAGAAUUUCACACUAAUACGGAACAUUAACUGUGAAUAUACUUGCCUGUGCUAUUCCAUACAGUACCGGGCAACUAAAGGACCAGCUUUUCCAAGUCUAAGGAGAUAGUGAUAGACACAAGUAGAAUUUCAUAUCCCUAGGAAAUGAAGCAACAGGAAUUUGAGCAAAACAGGGACCAUGGACUUCUGCCCUCAAAUUCUGUCCUCAGGUUGAGGAGCAGAAAAGUAGGUGACUGGCUGAUUGAGCCUGUGUCCUGACUGGUUAAAACAAACAGACCUUCUGAAGACCAGCCAGGGAUCUGUGGCCGUCUUCAUCUUUCCUGGUCCCAGAAAGUGAGAUCUCUUGGGUGACCAUGAUCACGCCAGUGUUCCCCAGAGGGUGAUCCCAAGCAGAUGACUCCCCUGGGCUGGCACAAGAAGGCGCUCACCUUGUUCCCUGAGACCCCGGGCAAGAGAAGGCUGGCAAGGCUUGGCUUUGAGUACUGCAUUGCAUGACCCAAGCCCCCUGGUGGUGUGGGUGGUGGGACAUCUCCUCCGUCAGCUUUGGUCCCAUUCUGGGCUCUGGAUUAGUGGUGCUUCUCUUCAGCAAAGAUAUCUGGGUGAGCUGUAGGCUAACUCAGAACUAGGAGGGAUUUAGAGAGUUGAAUAUGAAAGUGACUUGAGGAAUUCAGAAAAAGUUUCCCUGAUGUAAUUUAUCAGUGUGCAACCUACUCAGCGGAUUUUUAUACCUCAGGGCCAUUUGCAAAUCUUUUAUCUUUUCAUGUUUUUUUUGUGCUCAAGUGGGCUGACAGGAGAGAUGAGUUCAGAGAAUUCUAAGUUGAGGUUCAUUUUUCUCCAUUCAAGGGCAGGGGCCACUCCUCUGCCAAGCUUGCCAACAUAAGGAGGGCUUUCAUCUUUUUAUUACUGUCCCUCAAGGCUGUGACGAACGGGCCUUCCCCUGCCACUUGCAAGCUUUCUGCCUGCAAUGGGUGCUUGCUUGCUGGCUUCCCUUCUGCCUCCUCUUCCCUAUCUGAAGGUUCAUAUUCCAGAUUCCCUGGUCACCCCUAAGGUCAGGAGAAGGAGAUGGCAGUUCACAGUAACUGCAAAGCCUGGAACAGCUUUCCUCCCAUCAUCUUGGGCUGAGGACUCUCUUUACUUUUUAGACCUCUGUGGUUGGCUCAGCUCUGGUAAGCUUUCUGUCUGUAUGCUGGAGCCACUGACAUCAUCUCACUAGAAUUGUUUUAAAUAUCUUUGGAUGGGAAAUACCAAGUUGUACUUGAACCAACAUGGACAGACACAGGUUCUAGUGGCAAGAGAAUAAAGCUCUAGGGUUUGUAUGCAAAGGUUAAUAUGUACACAUACAUCAUACCAAACAUGGCACAGCUCUAACAUGUACCAUAAUAACUUGCAUAUACAACAUUUCCCAGAGUUUUAGUACCCACUGGGACUAUGAACAAAUUUGAAUGACUGGGAGUAUCGUCUUGCCUCAAUUGGGAGGGUACCUUCUGGCAUUUGCCCACAUCUGAUGGACAAGGAUUCACUUGGGAAGUGAUUCUUCGGGGACCAGAGUCCUUACAGAUUGACAUCGGAUAGAACUAUCCAUGCACUAGUGGGUAUGAGUGCCUGCCCUGUUUUUGGAGACCCAGGCCUCUUAGUAUAAACAACUGGUGUCCCAGGCUCCCAGGAGAGGGAAGUAGGGAUAAGUAAGGCCUUAGACCUUUCAUUCUCCGGAGCCCCAGACUAACUUCUGAUUCAUUAUCCUCAUGUCUGAAGUCUACUGUGAAGGUGGAGUAUAUCGGUCCAUUGACUUUUCUUGUGUCUGGAGUCCUUGAAAUCCACAAAUGUAUAUGCUUUAUUUUAUAUUAUUUAUUAUGUACAUAUGUCUCUACUGUUAGUACAUUGUGACUAGGACGAGGUGUUUUAAAGUCCCUUACCCAUGGAACCUAGGGUUAUUUUGUCCCUUAAGUUGGGUGAGAGGGCAGUGGUUUGCCUUUUUUUUUUUUUUUUUUUAACAGGUUGCUGCUCUUAUGUUGGCCCUAGCAUUCCCUUUUAUGGGGCCCACCUCUAUUCCUGAUGGCAGUGUUUGGGAUGAGGAUGGAGGCAGGUCUCCUGCCUUGUGGCAGGGCCUCUGUGAAAUACUUGAGGUACUUUCCUGAUGACUGUUGUGGUACGACUGCGACCGAGCCUCCUUCCUCCCUCACCUCCCCACUCCCACGCCAGGUCAGUUGCCUGACCCAGCAGUGAUGGUCUCCACUUCCUACUUUGGAUCUCAGAAUCCAUCUCUCUGGAUGGUGGAAACUGCCUGCCCCUGUGGGCUCUUAAUAUGCCUUUUCCUGGUUUUGAGGUCCCGUGCCAAUAUUGCCUCGGCCCUCCAGAAGGUUCUGCUGUGUCUGAUUGUCAUCCUCCGUAGCCUUUCCUCACUGUAUCAUAGUGUACAUUUCAUGCUUUUCAGCAGUGACGCUUUCUGAACACAGUAUCAGAGCUGUGUACAUAAACCUAAAUAAGCACAAAUGACAUGUAUAGGUUUCAUGAGCUGAUUGUCAUAAUGAUGCAUUUUAUAAUUCAAAUGAUGUUGUAGAUUUACAAUCCUAUUUAUUUUGUACCAAUUUAUUUGUAAAUUUUGUGAUUGUUUUAAAAGGUUUCUGUUUAUUUCUAUUAUUCUAUUUAGAUAAAUGACUUUCUGUUGACUCUCCUAGCAGCUGUAUGCUCCCUCUUUCCCCUUUCAUCAGUGCAACACCAACCAUCCCACCUUGUUCUUUCCUGACCCCAGCCCAUCUGCGUGGCUUCACCGUGGGAAAGCUGGGAUUGUUCUCAGCAGGCAGCACAGCAGGGCCUUUCCAUUGGACAUUCACCCUCAAGUCUUGUUAAAAGCAAAGUGGGUUCUAGUUCUGUGCCUGCAAGUUACAGCCUGGAAUAGUCAAUCCAGGGUGGUGGUGGUGGUCUCCUUUGCAAGGGCUGUAGUCUGUCCCCCAUCAGUUCAUCUCUAGACCUGGACGCUGAGGGUAACCACUCAAAUUGCCCCAGCCACUGGCUGCUUAAUCACAUGUAACACAGUUCAGCCGGGCAAGAUAAGCAAGCCCAAAAGCCUUGUUCAGGCCCUCCCUGGGCUCUUGAAAAUGAGAAUAGCUUUGUAGGUCCUCCUGUGCUACACUAACCCUAGGACCAAAGUCAGAGCAGGCGUGACGGUUCACCCUGAAGUUAAAAACACGCACCAUGGAUGUGGCAAGGCGUGUUCAGAUGCUCGAGUCAGUGGGCAUUCCAUGCUCUCCAACAACCCAGUGUGGCCCCCAUCCUCUUCCAUCGCCGCUUCUUUUCUAGUCUACUUUCCUUCCUCAGUCAUGUGACCGGACCUACAAGAUCUUCCAGUUGAGCUUCUAGUCCUAACCUCAUCUUUUUGGGAUCCUUUGUUUCUCCCUCUUAGUCUCUAUUUUACAUUCCAGAGAUUUGAGCCUCUUAAUGACUAGUCCCUUGUGUUUCCCACCAUAUUUAUUUAACCAUGAUGUUUGCAGUCUCUUUUCCUUUCACUUGUCCCAUGGAAGGAGGCAUUUCAGUGAAGGAGCUUGGCUUUGAGACACUGCCUGACCCAGCCUCUCCCUAUCCUACCUCUACCCAAUCAUUGCCCCACAAUUUCCAGAAUGGACGAGGUAUAUCUAAAUUCCAGUGAAGUGUUAUCUUCUUGGGAGCUUGUUUGCUUUCCUCAGAAGCAGGACAGAAAGCAGCAGCAAGGCUGGGGAAGGAGAGCACUCGUGCACACCCACUCCCGCCUUCCUGCUUUGGUUGGUUUUUCCCGCUUUACUCACUUUGUCUAGAUGAGUCCUCAGCUUGAAUCAGGAAAUGCUCCAAGGAAAAUGGAGGCAGUUUUUCCUACUGUGAGGAUGAGAUUUGCCCAGGCUUUCCCUCUCCAUCUUUGUGCAUACAUGUGUGUCACUUCCGAGCUUUAUCGUGAUGCGCUCUGGGGUUUCUAGUUCAUGUAACAAAUUGUGCUCCUCAGUGCUUCUUCUCAGCUCAGCACUUCUGAGGACACAGGUAUUGAUGAGAGGGUCUUGUGGAGAAAGUGGUACAAAUUGAGUGAACUUUUUAUAGCCUGGAGUUGAUUUCUGGAAACUUAUUUUAUACUUUUUGAAGGUAAUUAAAUUUAAUAAACAGAUGAUUCCUUAUUAAAGCCAAAAAGUUGAAUUAUAUUAGAUGGCUAAUAAACUCUUUUGCUUUCUUUGUAUGAUUGUUUCAUCAUUUUCCCUCCAAGGGCCUCACGUGUGUGCUCUUCCUUGCAAGAGGUCUCAGGACAAAGGAAUGGUUAUAGACCGUUUUCUCCACAACAUUGAGGUGGCAAGCCAUCUCCCCUUAUGGUGACUGUAAGGCCUGAGGAUGCAAGUUUCUAAGAGGGGAUCAGCUCUCAGAAUCCUUUGUCAAAGUGCUGUUCCUGCUAGGGUAUUCAUGGCUGUGGAAAACUCAGACAAGAGGCCAACAGUUCUUCUCCAUCAUUGACUUAAGGGCAGUGGGUCCAAAAACAAAGUUAUACUUGCUUCAAAACACCCAUACCCACAAGUCAAAGACUACCUCUGGUGAGAACCCUCUCUCAAAAGGCUGGACAUUUAAUAAACAUUUUUCAGUGUUGGGAAGGUUUGCUUGGCAAAUUUUCUUUCCAAGUAUCUCAGGAACUUGUGAGACUUGGAAGACUGUUGCUGUCUUCCAUGGGAAGAAUGUGCACUCAGCCACAUGGGCUCUAGGUUGUGUGGGAAGGUUUGUCUCGGCCCAGACUCUCCAAGCCUUGUCUACAUCUCCGGCGAGACAUGGUGUUGGGAAGCGCUGGGGCGGGGUCAGAGCAUUUGGGAACAUACUUGAUGUGCUUAAUGAAGCAAUGUAUCUAACCCACCCUUAUUCUA